UGAUAAGUUCUCCGUCUUCAGUUCAACUUGGUAGAGCUGCAGGUUGCAUUUGAAACGUUCCUAAAAUAAGCGCCGGAAAAUAUUCCACGCGAGAAAUCAAACGUCAAAAAAACUAUUAGUUUUUAAAAGUGAUCGAAAUUGUUUAGCAAUGGAAAAUAUCCUCGCGGAUGACGAGAGUGAGAUAGACUUGAAAAAUUUUCGAGAAAAGUUUGCUUUGGCGGAAAGUUUGUCCAAAAUUAAUUUAAAUUCCUCUUCGAAAAUGACGAGAAGAGUUGUGAGAAGGAAUGUUCCGCCGAAAUUUGGAUUUUUUGACGAAGCCACUGGGAAUUUUGUGCCACCUAAAAAGUUGCUGAUGUAUUUAGUAAGAAUGGGAAGUUUCACUUCUGCUCCAAAAAUAAUAAAUAACGAUGUCCUCGAUGAGGAUGUGAACUUUUCGAAAAACAUAAGUAGACAUGAACUGAUACAACACUGUCAGCAACAGCCGAAAGUACACCCAAUGGUGAAGAGGGUUUUCAGAAAGGCUAAAAAUCCAGAUUCCGAUUAUGGACUCAAAGUCAAAAAAUUAAAUACGUUAACAAAAGCUUGCAGUGAGUACAUAUCCAAUCCCCAAAACUUGAGGAUAAUGCAAUGGAAUAUUCUCUCCCAAGCUCUUGGACAAAUGAACGACAAUUUCGCUAAAUGUCCUGAUGAAGCAUUGGAAUGGAACUCUAGGAGAUAUCUCAUCGUAGAAGAACUUGUGGAAUAUUGCCCAGACAUAAUUUGUUUACAGGAAGUGGACCAUUUCAACUUUUUGAGUCAUGUAUUGCAAACACAGGGUUAUACUGGGAUGUUCUUUCCAAAACCCGACUCACCUUGUAUAUACAUUAAUGGAAAUAAUGGACCCGAUGGCUGCGCCAUCUUUUAUAGAAAAGACAAAUUUGAUUUACUCAAAGCUGAAACGCAUAUUUUGGAAAUUUGGAAAGUACAAAGUAAUCAGGUUGCCCUACUGAUGAUACUCAAAAUGAAAGAAACUGGACAAGAUAUAUGUGUCACAACAACUCAUCUGAAAGCCAGAAAUGGUGCUCUUCUUUCAACUCUCAGAAAUGAACAAGGAAAGGAUCUUCUCUCUUUUGUUCAAAACGAAUGCAAAGGGCGGCCAUUAAUUCUUUGUGGGGACUUCAAUGCUGAACCGAAUGAACCAAUUUAUCAAACGAUCCUGGAAAAUCCCUUGAACCUAGGAAGCGCCUAUGCUGACUGUGAUCCAAAUACAACCCUAAGUUCAGCGCAACGAGAACCCUCUUACACUACCUGGAAAAUCAGAGGAGAAGGCGAGGUCUGUCACACAAUAGAUUAUAUAUUUUAUUCCAAAAGUUCGCUAGAAUUAGAGGCUGUCCUAGACUUUCCUUCAGGGGAAGAAAUCGGUGAACACAGGGUGCCAUCAUUUUCGUAUCCUUCAGACCAUUUUUCAUUAAUUUGUGAUUUCAAAAUUGGCCAUGGUAUGUGAUAUUAGAUUUUUAAAAACAUAGGAACAUAAGGUAAUUUCUCAUUAGAUUAAUUAAAUUAUUAUUGUAUCUGUUGAAGCUGAUAACAUGUAAAAGGUAUUAUGUUUGUUGAAUAAAAUAUCAUCCUGUU